AUGGAUGUUCUGGACGAACCAAUGGUUUUAUCUGACGAGGAAGAAACAUCUCAAGAAACAGUAUCUCAGACCACCACGACAGCUACUGCUACCAUUGUUACUGAAGCUGUGGAAGUAAAGGCUCCUGAAACCAGACCAGUCGAAACAGCUCCGCAAGUAGUUGAAGAUACACCGAUCUUAAAGAUUGAAGAAGUUAUUAAGGUUAAGGCCCUGGAGGAGAAACCCGUUGAACCCAUUAAAGAAGAACCCAAGAAACCUGCUUACUCCGGUCUUCCUAUCGAUGAGUCUUCCAGAACCUGGAUGGAUGUUCCGGACGAGCCUAUAGUCUUAUCUGACGAAGAAGAUAAACUAGAAGAACGAGUGUCUCAGAUCACCUCAACAACUACGACAACCACUGUUGUUACUAGAGCAGUGGAAGUAAAGGUUCCCGAAACAAAAUCCGUCGAAGAAGUUACGCAAGUGGUUGAAGAGAAACCCAUCAAAACGGUCGAAGAGGUGCAGACACCUGAGACUCUGGUGGAAGCAACUGUGGAGGUGAAGACUGUUGAUGACAAACUCCUCGAACCAACACCCACUUCUUCAGCUGUGGUAGUUACUGAUAAAGUUGUAAAUAAACCAUCCAAAAAGUUAGAAGAAUUUAAGCAUGAAGCUACCACUGUGGAGGUUGAAAUAUCCGAAGUUAAACCCCCUGUGUCAAUCUCAAGUUGGGCUGAUAUUGUUUCCGAUACCAUUGAGCAAGAAAAGCCUUUGAAAGCAGAUAAAUUGAAAAAGAAAAAGACCAAAAAAGAAAAGGUUGAGGCGCUUCAGGAAGAUGAGCUACCUAUACGAAGCGAUACUCAUAAAAACGUUACCUUCAUUGAUGAGGAAAGAAAAGAUUCGACUUUGUCAUCAGUCCAAGUUGUGAGGAAACCGGUUCCAAAGGAAUUGGAUGUGCCUAAACCGACUGUGUUGCCAGGCUUUUCAUGGUCUGAUAUU